AAGAAACUGAGUACGCCAACUUCCUGUUUUCUAUGUGAACUUCCGGUAAACUUUCCACGUCUGGAUUAGAACAUAAGGCAAUUGUAAAUAAGUAUGAGUCACUCAGCUCCCUGGAGCUAUCAGCAACAGAAUACUGAUCCAGGGGGAGUCAAGCUUUUCAAUCCAGCUCAGUUCUCAGAGCAGACCAAUGGCCCAAGUCAGUUUGAUCCAGCACAACAGCAGACUAAUGGUCCAAGUCAGUUUGAUCCUGCACAACAAGAUGCAAAUACUGGACACCAACAAGAGGCAUUCAAUGGACAGCCAGAAAAUUACAACAUGGGGCAUGAUCCAUCUUGGAACUGGAAUUAUGCUCAACAAGAUCCAAGUCAAUUUGGCCAAAAUCCAAACAUGUAUGGACAUCAGGGACAAAUGUAUUAUGACCAUAAUCAAGGACAGUGGGUAUUUUAUGAACAAUAUGACCAGACACAUGGUUAUGACCCAAGUCAAGGUAAUAUGCAACCAGAGCAGCAGUUCAAUGGAUCUAACAUAGAAACACCAUCAGGAAAUUUUCCUCAAAACUAUAAUGAGUAUGGUGGUAAUUAUACAGGUUAUGAAUAUAGUGAGAACAUGGGGACAAAUAGUCACCCUUUAAGUGAUGGUCAGCAUCAUGAACAAAAUACAGACCAGUCUGUUGAUUCUGAAAAGUUGGACCAGUCAUCCACUAGUCAGGGAAUGUCAGGAUUUUUUCAGAAUGAUGAUUAUGACACAGAAUCUAAUACUGGGACUUAUGAUAGUUCAUUCCAAGAAUCAUCUCUUCAGAAUUCACUGAAUCAAAUGCAAGAAGAAAAGCAUGCAGGGGAUGUGAUUAAGCCAGAGAUCAGUGGCGAAAGCCUGCAAACCUUGAAUUAUUCUACAGGGUCGCUGGACACAGCAGCCAAUGCUGUGUCAACUCCAAGUGUUCAGCAAGUCACUGAUCAGAUGCAGGAGAUGUCUAUGUCAACCCAGGGACAGUUUGAAGAUUUAAAAGAAAGUGAGACAAACACACAGCAUCCCCCUGAGGGAAAUGACCUGAACCAGUCAGCCAUACAUGGACAAGUGAACAGCACAGGUAAUGUGUCUGAAAAUGUGUCGGGAGGAAGUCCCCAUUCUGAUGAUCAGCAUGGAUUGAGUGACUGGGAAGUGGUGCCCCCAGAAUCCAGUCAGAUGUUGGAGGUUCCUGGGGGAGAAACUAAGCACAGUCGUGAGGGGUCUCUUGACAAUAAUGUGCAGUUUUUUAUUGGUUCUGGGAAAAACUCAGAUGAUGGUUCAGCUAGACACACUCCAGAGUCAUCUCAACAGGGUCAAAACAACACUCAUUUAGAACAAGAGAAGGAGAACACUGUUGAUAAUUUACAGCUCACAACAGAACACCUUCAGCCACAGCUGACAUCAUCUCCCAAUGUUUCUCCAGGCCAGAAUAAAAUAGAGGAUGAGGCUGGAAAUAAACCUCCCCCUCCCGCUGGUCCCCCACCAAGUGGGGCACUUAGUGAGAACAACCCAUUUAGAAAAGAUAAGGCAAAUGCUUCAAAGAAAGCAGAUACAAAAGCACAAAGUAUAUCACAGCCCUUUUCUAGGUCUGAUAAUCCACAGAUGCCAAGCCCUAUAGUAGCCAGCUCAGAGGAUUCAAUGAGGGCAGCCCAGAAAACACAACCACAGAGUCCAAUCAUGCCUCGAAAGGAAAGUCCGUUCCAGCCGCCAAACAGGAGACGCACGUUGUCGUCUCAGUCCAGUGAAUCCGAGGACCAGCCAAAAUCUGAAAAAGAGGUCAAGGCUAGCAGCCCCAGUAUUCCCAGCCAAAUAUCAAGUUCUAGAGAGUCACUGACAUCUCCUUCUUCAAAGCAGGGACAGGAGAAUGAGAAAUUCAAACGGCCACCAAGGGACACAACAAAGUCUCGACCCCCUAUGGGGUCAACUCGUGGUGUGAUGUCCCCUCGACGAAUAGAAUCGGCAUUUCAACAGGUGCAGAAACAAAGAGCAAAGCAUAACAUGUCUCCUGCCACAACACUUUGGGCAAACAAUGAUACUCUGCCUGUGGCUAACAUCCUGCUGGCUCCAGCAGCACCUGCCAUUACACCAAUCCUCACUCCUGCUUCAAGUACCACGUCUUCAACAAAAACCUCCCCCUCGAAAACAACCAAAGACAGCAGGGACGUACUGUCUCCUGUCCAAAUGUUGAUCAACAGUAUGAGUGAAAAGCAGACUGAUAAGCCAGCUGCUGACUCAAAGCAGGGAAGUAAGCAGUAUGAUAACAGACAGGAGAGACCCCAUCAGAGAGGUUCAGAGAGAGAUCGACACGAACGGGGCUCCUCCAUCGACAGGGAACUGGAGAUAACCAGGAGGAUGGAGGAUAAGGAAAGAAGAAGAGAGAGUGAGGGUUAUCGUGAUAGAGAUCGGGAUAAUUAUAAAAGUGACAGAUCCCGGGGAAAGGAGCGGGAUUAUGAUCCCUAUUACGACAGACAGCCACCGUCGAGGAGACGGGAUCCUUACUAUGGAGACGAGAGAUACGAUCGACCGAGAUCAAGACACUCUCUCCUUGAUGAUGAUGGAUCAAGUUCCAAGGGAGGACAAGAGUCUGAUCGACCUAGAUCCAGACACGACUACAACAGAGACACGGAUAGACCCAGAUCACGGCAGGACUACGGCAGAGAUCAGUACUAUAGGGACAAGUAUGGCAGAGGUCAGUAUACUACUUACACCUUAGAUAGGGGAAAAUAAUGAAUAAAGUAGGGAAUUAAGGGGAAAAUUAUUUCUGUUGCAUUAAGAAAAUUAAAAAGGCAUAGACAAUUACAGAUAUUUGUGCACUUGAAUAUAGAAUCUAGUGAUUAUGGUGAUAGAUAUUUUUGCAGAAAACUCUGAAAAGAAAAAUGAGAAAGGUAAACUGGCAAAUACCUCAUUAGCGUAAAUGAAACAUGAUUACUCAGGGUAACUA